GCCUAGAGGGGGGGUCGGAAUGGGCUGUCCCUCUCUUCCGUCUCGCCCUCCUCUGAAUACAUUCAUACUCCAGCUGUCCGUCUCCACACUCCACUCACUCAGGACGAGGAGGCAGAACAAGGAAGAAGAAGAAAAAGGGGCCACUUAACUGAGAGACAGAGAGAAAAAAAGAGGGAGAAGCUUCCACCGGAAGAGAAGAGGAGUGCAGAGGAAGAGAGAGAGAGAAAGAGACAGACAGACACUCCAGAGGAAUCCAAGGCCAUAACAGGAAGAAAAAGUACCCAAGGAGUGACCAGGCCCAAAGUGUGAUUUUAGACCCUUGUUAAAGCCAGCAGCUGCUUUCAGUCCUACCUGAGGCCCUGCAGCGUGUGUCAGCGCGUGCGUGCGUGUGUGUGUGUACGUGAACGCUUGUUUUUUUGUGUGUGUGUAACCAACACCCUCCCGGUGUGAGUUUUCUCUGAGCUCCAAAAGAGCCAGGUGAAAGUGUCUGUGUGCGAGGAUGCGCUCCAUGUGUGUUUUGUUUUUUUGUGUGUGUGUUUCGAUGUUCCUCCACCGUGCUAUUUCACAGCCGCCCACAGAAAGUGACACCUACACGGAGUGCACAGAUGGCUAUCACUGGGAUCCACAGACUCAACACUGCAAAGACAUAAAUGAAUGUGAAACCAUCCCAGAGGCGUGUAAGGGUGAGAUGAAGUGCUUCAACCAUUACGGUGGUUACCUGUGCCUGCCUCGCUCGGCCUCAGUCAUCCCAGCCCAUGACCCACCCAACCAAAUCCCCCCUGGCCUGGACAAUCCGCCCAGCGAGCCUUACAAUCCCUGUCCUGCCGGCUAUGAGCCGCAGGGGGACAGCUGCGUGGAUGUGGAUGAAUGUGAACGUGAUGAGCACGACUGCCAACCCAGCCAGGAUUGCAUCAACACAGAGGGCUCUUUCACCUGCCAGUGCCCGGGUGGAUACCGCAAAGUGGGAACAGAAUGCAUUGACAUUGAUGAGUGUCGGUACCGGUACUGCCAGCACCGCUGCGUUAAUGUUCCGGGCUCUUUCUCCUGCCAGUGCGAGCCUGGCUUCCAGCUGGCUGGCAACAAUCGCUCUUGCAUUGAUGUGGAUGAGUGUAACAUGGGCGCCCCCUGCAGUCAGAGGUGUUAUAACACUUACGGCACUUUUCUCUGCCGCUGUGAGCAAGGUUAUGAGCUGGGGCCUGAUGGAUUUGCCUGCAAAGACAUAGAUGAAUGCAGUUACUCCAGUUAUCUUUGCCAGUAUCAAUGUGUCAACGAGCCUGGCAAGUUCUCCUGCAUCUGUCCAGAGGGCUACCAGCUACUUGGGACUCGCCUCUGCCAAGAUAUAAAUGAGUGUGAGACAGGCACACACAAGUGCGCUGAUGGCCAGACCUGUGUGAACAUUCACGGCGGACAUCAGUGUGUCGACACGAACCGCUGUCAGGAGCCCUACGUUCAAGUGUCGGACAAUCGGUGCGUGUGUCCUGUUACCAAACCUGGCUGUCGGGACUUGCCAUUCUCUAUUGUGCAUCGUUACAUGAGCAUCACCUCAGAGCGCUCCGUCCCCUCCGACAUCUUCCAGAUUCAGGCCACCAGCGUUUAUCCCGGAGCCUACAACACCUUCCGCAUCCGCUCAGGAGAUGACAAUGGAGACUUCUACAUCAGGCAAAUCAACAACAUCAGUGCCAUGCUGGUGCUGGCCCGUGCCGUGAAUGGACCCAAAGAGUACGUUUUGGACUUAGAGAUGAUUUCGGUCAACCCCCUCAUGAGCUACCAGACCAGUUCUGCUCUUCGCUUAACAGUCUACGUGGGGCCUUAUGCUUUCUAAGAGAGGAUUCCAUUUAAAGCCACAGAGGGAGGGGUGGGGGGUGAAUGGCUAGCAAAUGAAAAAGUGGUAGAGGUGUGGACACAAGGACGACUAACAUAUCAAGUAAAGGCGAGGGAGAUAUUGGCAUGAUUAAAUACUCCAGUGUUUUUUCAACCUAACCUAUCUGGAACAUCAAUACCGUACUGACAAUUACCUUAGACAGUAAAUUUGACACUUUUCCAUAGGGAUGCACAAUGAUUUCAGAAUCAUAUUGAUAUUUGCUUUAAAAAACGUAAAUUUCACAUUUUUCUAGUAUUUGAAGCCUACACAAGUUUGGGGGAUUUGGAGCUAUCUGUGAUGUGUAAUUGCACACAACAUCCGGAAGAACAUUUUGUAAUAUUGGUUGUGCUUCCAUGAGUGGAUGAAUCUCAUGAUUGUGAGCGCACAUAAAGUAUUCAAAGAGAACUCAAAACGAGGUGAAGGAUGUGUCUUCUGACGAUGUGAGUGAAUUAUCUACUACUGUCAUCUUCCACAGUAUAAUGUUGAUUUUGCAUUUGCAAUCUAAACAUUCAGCUGUUAACCUAAACAUGUGACUUUAAUUACUAAUGAUGUAUGAUGUGGUCCUGCAAAAUCCGACCCGACACCUCUGAUAUUUAAAUUACCAAAUUUCAGACUUCACAGUGACUCGCAGCACUGCACACAUACCCCAUAUUUUAGAGUCUUUCUCCUGACCCAGUAAUGCUACUUCUUUAAAUUUUAACCAAAAAUCUUACGCAGUGCAGCUUUAAUUCUACUCCAGAAGAGCAAAAGUUAUAGGUCUUUAGGUGACCCUGGGGUGCUGUGCUAAAAUGUGUGUUUUUUUAAUAAAUUUUACUGCAGAAUGUACAGAAAUGAAUGUUUUAUUUCACUAUUCAUGCUAAUUCAGGUAGGUUUCCCACUUGUUAGUCCCAAUUUCUACAUUGUAUUCUAUACAGCUUAUGUAUCAACAUAAAAAUAUGAAAAAUAUUGGAUGUCGGCCCACAAUUCCCAUUUAGGCGCAUCCCCACUUUUCUCUGUACUUCAGCCAGCACCUGCCCAUUGGCUUCCAUCAAUGGUAUGAUUCAAGUCAACAGGUUUUCAGUUAUUUUACUAAAAACAGAAAAGUGUUAAAAGUUAUUGUCCCUGGUAAUCAAGCAUAUGCUACAGAUGCAGCAGAUAGAGACUAGGUUAAAAAAUUCUGGAGUAUUCCUUUAAGUUUGCUGGUCUGCCAAGCAGUCUCCUGAGAAAUCAAACAAAACUACACAACUACUACAUCACAAAGUCUUGAAGACAGGCACUAUGUUUUGCAGAUAUAUUCACACAACACAUGAUGCUACUAUAUUGUGUUGUGUUAUAGAAAUAGCGAAGAUAGCAGCUGCACUAUGAUUUCAGAAUCUGCUGUACGACCUAUAUAGGCUUUCGUUUUCUUUCAUCUGGCCUUUCUUAUCCCUCUCAUGUCAUCUAGGCUCAUUUUCAAGAUGGCUACUUUUGCCCGAGGAUGUUUUUUAUUCUAUGUCUGCCUCUUGGUGCAAACUCAUUCCACUGAUUAGUUCCUCUGCCAUAGCACUCACUGAUGGACCAGCAUAAUUACAUUACGUUCCACCUCCCCCUCCCUCUUUUUCAGAUAUAUGUAGCAGUGUUAAAGCACAAAUACUAUAUGCGCCUCUGCAUACUGUCCUUCAGUCAUGAUCAUGAUCGAUCCUCUUGAGCUUAGUGUACAUUGGGAGACGCUGCCGUUAUUCAAUAACCACUCAGUCCUCAUCUACAUCUCUACAUCCUCUACCAAGCCAAAACCAUCACUAAUAUUCAUUUUAUUAUUAUUAUUAUUAUUGUUUUUUUGUAGUUGUCAUACCAUGCUGUCAGUGUUGUACUUUUUAUGUCCUGGAAUUAUUACUGUAAUAAAUAUGAUAAUACCAAACCCAUCUGGCUACA